AUGGAGGAGCCCGUCACCGGCGAUGUGCAGAUCUUCCUCUCCUCCAAGGAGAAUUGCGUCUCCAUGAGAUCUAUUGGGGCAGAUUACAUGUCGAAACUGGUGAAAAUUGCGGGUAUUGCAAUUGCUGCUUCGAGGGUGAAGGCCAAGGCCACUCAUGUGACACUGCUCUGCAAGAACUGCAGGAGUGUGAGGACUGUGCCGUGCAGGCCAGGCCUCGGUGGGGCUAUUGUCCCACGAUCCUGUGAUCAUGUUCCUCAGCCGGGAGAAGAGCCUUGCCCCCUGGACCCCUGGAUUGCAGUUCCUGACAAGAGCAAGUAUGUGGAUCUACAGACUCUCAAAUUGCAGGAAAAUCCUGAGGAUGUUCCAACUGGUGAGCUUCCACGGAAUGUGCUGCUUUCUGUAGAUAGACAUCUUGUUCAGACAAUUGUUCCGGGGACUAGAUUAACUGUCGUCGGCAUCUACAGUGUAUUCCAAGCAUCUGGGACAAACAACCAGAAAGGUGCUGUUGGAGUUAAACAGCCCUACAUUAGAAUUGUGGGGUUAGAGCAGUCUCGAGAUGACAACACAAAUGGCCCCUCACAUUUCACACUUGAUGAGGAAAUGGAAUUCAAAGAAUUUGCACAGAGGCCGGAUGCAUAUGCCAAAAUUUGUUCAAUGAUUGGCCCUUCAAUUUAUGGUCAUGGUGAUGUCAAGAAAGCUAUUGCGUGCCUUUUGUUUGGGGGAUCAAAGAAGUUUCUGAAGUUUGUAGAGAAGACUGCACCAAUUGCAGUCUAUACCUCUGGAAAAGGUUCAUCUGCAGCUGGUCUUACAGCAUCUGUAACCCGGGAUAGUAACUCGCGUGAGUUUUAUUUGGAAGGAGGGGCCAUGGUGCUGGCUGAUGGCGGAGUAGUUUGUAUUGAUGAAUUUGACAAGAUGAGGCCUGAAGACAGAGUUGCAAUUCAUGAGGCCAUGGAGCAGCAGACCAUAUCUAUUGCCAAGGCUGGCAUUACAACAGUACUCAAUUCAAGGACCUCAGUUCUUGCAGCUGCCAAUCCAAUUUCGGGGCGGUAUGAUGACCUGAAGACCGCACAAGAUAACAUAGAUCUGCAGACAACAAUCCUUUCUCGGUUUGAUCUAAUCUUCAUAGUUAAAGAUGUCAGAAUGUAUGAGCAAGAUAAGCGAAUAGCAAACCACAUCAUUAAGGUGCAUGCCAGUGGUGCUGCAACUCAAGCAAACAAGAACACAAAUGCCAAUGAAGGAGAGAAUUGGCUGAAAAGAUACGUCGAGUACUGCCGCAACACAUGUAGACCACGACUCUCAGAAAAAGCAGCAGAGAUGCUGCAGAAUAAAUAUGUUGAGAUCAGACAGAAAAUGAGACAACAAUCCCAUGAGACAGGAAGAGCUGCAGCCAUACCCAUCACUGUGAGGCAGCUUGAAGCUAUCAUACGGUUGAGCGAAUCUCUUGCAAAGAUGAGACUGACUAGUGUGGCUACGCCAGAGCACAUUGAAGAGGCAUUUAGACUGUUCAAUGUCUCCACUGUCGAUGCCGCAAGAUCUGGAAUCAACGAGCAUCUGAACUUGUCACCGGAGAUUGCAAAUGAAAUCAAGCAAGCCGAAGCGCAGAUAAAGAGAAGGAUGGGAAUCGGGAGCCACAUAUCUGAGCGACGGCUGCUCGACGAACUUAAUCGGAUGGGGAUGAAUGAAUCCAUUGUGAGAAGAGCCCUUGUGAUCAUGCACCAGAGGGACGAAGUGGAGUACAAGAGGGAGCGCCAUGUGAUUGUCCGCAAGGCUUGA